AUGGCGGAGCAAGUUGAGAUACGAAGCAAGGAUGGGAGUUUUCAAAAAUUGCUUAAAUAUGAUGACAGGUACUAUGUGCCUAAUUUCGUUGGAAAUGUAAAGGAUCAUCUUGCUGCAAUAGAUGUGAUGGAGGUCAGGGAAGAUGACACAUUCAUACUCACGUACCCAAAGUCAGGAACCCAUUGGACAUUUACGCUAGUCAGCAUGCUGCGUACAGGCACGACAAUCUACCGCGGAUCGCCCACGUUUUUAGACUAUACCGACAUGGAGACGCUUGAUAAGCUCCCGUCCCCUAGAGUCCUGGCGACUCACCUAACCUUUGACUUUAUGCCAAAACAGGUCAAAGAGGGGAAGGGCAAGGUCAUUACAAUUUUUCGUAAUCCAAAAGAUGUCUUGUCAUCACUUUUUACCUUUUUGACAAAAUUGGAUCACCCAGAUUUCCUGAGUAGGUACCAUUUCAAGUGGGAGGGUCUACUCGAAUUUUUCAUGGAAGGCGAAACUUACUGCGGAUCCUGGUUUGAUUACAUACAGAAUUGGGAUAAAGUGAUGGCGGAACAUAGGGGGAACAACGUGAUGUACCUCAUCUAUGAAGAUAUGAUACAGGACCUACGUUCCAAUGUGCAAAAGUUGGCGAUGUUCCUUGGGGUGUCUUUCGGACCAGACUACCUGGACACGGUGACUAAAAAGUGUACGUUCCUGAACAUGGUUACAGAAGCCACAAAGGCGGCCGCACCAUCCGAACAGUGGAAAGAAGUGACCAAAAAUAAAACACUUCCUAUCUACAGGAAAGGUGAAGUCGGGGACUGGAAAAAUUACUUCACAGUUGCGCAAAAUGAAUAUUUUGAUAAAGUAUAUAACGAGAAAAUGGAAAACUCAAGUUUCGAUUUCAGAUUUGAAUAACAAAUUAACAAAUAUCCUGGCAACAUAGAACAUAAUCGGAGCUGACUGUUAAUACAUAAAUAACGGAAAUGGCGAAUUAUGCUAUAACAGACAUAUCAUGGAGGAACAGGGAUCAUUUUAAAGAAUUAAUUUUUGAUGGACACAAUAUGGCUGUCAAAUGACGAGAGAGAUAGAGUGAUUUCCAAGAAGGACCAGGCAGCUGAGUGAUCCCCUAACAUUAGUAACAAGUCAAUUUAAGGACCAGACAGAUGUGUUAUGUCCUUGGCAUCAGUGGCAAGUCACUGAAGGACGCAACAGCUAUAUUUAUGAUGAAUAUCAAUUAACUAUUUGAGAUUUACUCUUUGAUCUUUUGUACAGCUCUCACGUGAUAUACAGAAAGCCACAGUAACCAGGUAUAGCAUAUGUAAUCUUUUUCAUAUCUUA